CCUGCUCAACCAUUCUUCAUCUUUGUGGUGCCCGGCGGAAGGUGGACCGGCUCCUCGUAUUGUCUGGAGAAGGAAUGGUGCUGUUGUGCAGAACGGCACUGGUGUGCGACUCCGAAUCACUGUUACUAAAGAAGAAAGAAAUACAAAAUACAGCUGCGAGGUGGACGACCAUGGUCAGUUGAAGAGGAUUAACAUCAGUCUUGUUGUCGAGACUGAGUGCCCUCAACCGUGCCAAUGCAAAGUCCUUGAAGGUAACAUGAAGGGCUUAGUAUCAGCCAAUUGUGAAGGAAAACAGCUAAAGUCAAUUCCAAAGAAAAUUCCGCGAGCUACAGGAAAACUGUAA